UUCUUAGAAGAGUGUGCAAAUAGAGGCAGUGCUGGCGAGGGAAGACUGAAAUGAAAUAGAGAGGAGCAGGAGAAGCGGGAGAAGCGGGAAAUACUCAGCUGGGUGUCUUCUGAGACGCCAUUGUAUUCUUCGCAAAGGGUUUUGAGCUAUUUCGGUGCAUUUCGUUUAGGUGCAUUUCGCCCCCUCCUGCUCCUUUUCGUUUUCUGGGGUUUGAUUUCUGUGGAAGCGAAGGAAUUUGGAGCGAAGGAGGGAGAAAAAUUGUGGGGCGAUUAAGUUUUUAUGGUGGGUUUGUCUGAGUAAACAGGAGGAGUCAACUCUCGUUUUCCCAGAGGGGUUUCAGUGUAUUGCAGCCAUCAGUGACUGCCCUAUUACCCAUGCUAGUCAGCUCUCUAACCCAUUCCUUGGUCUUCCAAUUGAAUUUGGAAAAUGUGAAUCUUGUGGUACUUCGGAACCUGGGAAGUGUGAAGGCCACUUUGGAUAUAUUGAAUUACCAAUUCCCAUUUUCCAUCCCAAUCACAUUACUGAACUGAAAAAGAUGUUGAGCUUGCUGUGUUUGAAAUGCUUAAAAAUGAAAAAAAACAAGUUUCCUUCAAAGAAUAUUGGUUUUGCGGAAAGAUUGUUAUCCUCAUGUUGUGAGGAUGCCUCACAAGUUUCUAUUCGAGAGAUGAAAAAAGCAGAUGGUGCUAGUUACUUGCAAUUAAAAGUACCAUCUAGGACACCACUGCGGGAAGGAUUUUGGGACUUUCUAGAAAGAUAUGGUUUCCGUUAUGGUGAUAAUCUCACUCGAACUUUGCUCCCUUGCGAGGUGAAGGAAAUGCUCAAAAAAAUUCCCAAUGAGGCCAGAAAGAAACUUGCUGGGAAAGGAUAUUAUCCUCAGGAUGGAUAUAUCUUGCAAUAUUUACCAGUCCCUCCCAACUGUCUGUCCGUACCAGAAAUUUCUGAUGGUGUUACUAUCAUGUCUUCGGAUCCAGCUGUUUCAAUGCUCAAGAAAAUUCUUAAGCAAGUGGAAAUCAUCAAGGGUUCGAGGUCUGGCGCGCCAAAUUUUGAAUCUCAUGAAGUAGAAGCUAAUGACUUGCAAUUGGCUGUUGAUCAAUAUCUUCAAGUUAGGGGGACUGUUAAGGCAUCUCGUGGCAUAGAUGCACGUUAUGGUGUAAAUAAAGAGUUAAAUGAUCCUUCCACGAAAGCGUGGCUUGAGAAAAUGAGAACUUUAUUUAUUCGGAAGGGGUCUGGUUUCUCUUCUCGCAGUGUGAUUACUGGAGAUGCUUACAAACUAGUUAAUGAAAUUGGCGUGCCUUUUGAAGUUGCGCAGAGGAUCACUUUUGAGGAGAGGGUUAGUGUGCAUAACAUAAACUAUUUACAGGAACUGGUGGAUAAGAAGUUAUGUUUAACCUACAGAGAUGGUUCUUCUGCCUAUUCACUUCGUGAAGGUUCAAUGGGCCAUACAUAUCUGAAACCUGGUCAAAUAGUUCAUCGGCGGAUCAUGGAUGGAGACAUUGUUUUCAUUAAUCGGCCACCGACUACUCAUAAACAUUCUUUACAAGCCCUGAGGGUGUAUCUGCACGAUGACCAUACAGUCAAGAUCAACCCUCUAAUAUGUGGACCCUUGAGUGCGGAUUUUGAUGGUGAUUGUAUUCACCUAUUUUAUCCCCAGUCCAUUGCAGCAAAAGCUGAGGUGUUGGGACUUUUCUCUGUGGAAAAACAGCUGCUUAGCUCUCAUAGUGGGAAUCUUAAUUUGCAGUUGGGUACUGAUUCAUUGUUGUCUCUCAAGAUGAUGUUCAGAACAUAUUUCUUGGGCAAAGCAGCAGCACAGCAACUGGCGAUGUUUGUUUCUUCAUCUCUGCCAUCACCCGCCAUUUUGGGAGCUCGUUCUGAUAGUCCUCAUUGGACUGCUUUGCAGAUACUGCAAACUGUGUUGCCUGCUUAUUUUGACUGCCAUGGAGAUAGUUACUUGAUAAAGAACAGUGAUUUCCUCAAGUUUGACUUCGAUAGAGAUGCUAUGCCAUCAUUAAUCAAUGAAAUUGUGACAUCAAUCUUUUUUCAGAAUGGUCCUGAAGAGGUUCUGAGAUUUUUUGAUUCUUUACAGCCACUAUUGAUGGAGCAUAUCUUUUCAGAAGGUUUCAGUGUUGGAUUGGAUGAUUAUUCCAUGCCCAUGGCACUUUUACAAGCUCUUCAAAAGAAUAUUCAAGUAAUAUCACCUUUGCUGUAUCAGUUAAGGUCAACGUUCAAUGAGCUGGUGGAGUUGCAGUUAGAGAAUCACAUUCGAUCCGUCAAAGUUCCAUUUACAAACUUUAUCUUAAAGUUAUCUUCAUUAGGAAAAUUAUUUGACUCCAAAAGUGAUUCAGCUAUUAACAAGGUGGUUCAACAAAUUGGAUUUCUUGGAUUGCAGCUUUCUGACAAGGGAAAAUUUUAUUCCAAGACAUUGAUCGAGGAUGUAGCCUCUCUGUUUCACAAUAGAUAUGUUUCUGAUAAAAUUGACUAUCCUUCUGCUGAAUUUGGAUUAGUCAAAGGCUGUUUUUUCCAUGGUUUAGAUCCGUAUGAAGAAAUGGUCCAUUCAAUUUCUACAAGAGAGGUAAUGGUUCGAUCAUCAAGAGGGCUUACUGAACCUGGAACCCUUUUCAAGAACUUGAUGGCCAUCCUUCGAGACGUUGUUAUUUGUUAUGAUGGUACUGUAAGGAACGUUUGUAGCAAUUCCAUCAUACAACUUGAAUAUGGAGUAAAGGCUGGAAUGAUGAAGCCUCAUAAUUUAUUUCCUCCUGGUGAACCGGUUGGGGUUCUAGCAGCUACUGCCAUGUCAAAUCCUGCUUAUAAGGCAGUUCUUGAUUCUACUCCUAGCAGCACUUCAUCUUGGGACAUGAUGAAGGAAAUUCUUCUUUGCAAGGUCAGUUUUAAGAAUGAGCCUAUAGAUCGUCGGGUGAUAUUAUAUUUAAAUAAUUGUGCUUGUGGGAGGAAACAUUGCAAUGAAAAUGCAGCAUAUUUGGUUAAGAGUCACCUUAAGAAAGUUACACUUAAAGAUGCGACUGUUGACUUCAUGAUAGAAUAUAACCGACAACUGACUCUGUCAGGGUUUGGUCCUGGGCUUGUUGGUCAUGUGCAUCUAAACAAGAUGCUACUGAAAGAGUUGAAGAUAAACAUGGCUGAUGUUUCACGAAGAUGUGAAGAGACUAUCAGUUCCUUUAGGAAGAAGAAGAAGAAGAAAUUUGCUCAUGCAUUAAGAUUCUCUUUCAGUGAAAACUGCUCUUUUCAUCAAUCGAAUGGAGAAGAUAGUACUGAUAUGCCGUGUUUAAUAUUCUGGCAUGAGACAAGAGAUUCUCAUUUGGAGAGAACCGCACACAUCUUUGCUGACAUAGUAUUUCCAUUGCUGUCAGAGACGAUCAUCAAAGGUGACCCUCGGAUUAGUGCUGCAAAUGUGAUCUGGAUUAGUCCAGAUUCAACAAGCUGGCAAAGAAAUCCUUCCAGGUGGCAGGAUGGUGAAUUGGCCUUGGAUAUCUGUCUGGAAAAAUCGGCCGUAAAACAAAAUGGUGAUGCUUGGAGGAAUGUGAUGGACUGUUGCCUUCCCGUUAUUCAUUUGAUUGAUACUAGACGAUCUAUUCCAUAUGCAAUUAAACAAGUUCAGGAACUGCUUGGCAUUUCAUGUGCUUUUGAUCAAACGGUUCAGCGCCUUGCGAAGUCAGUGUCAAUGGUUUCAAAAGGUGUUCUUGGAGAUCAUCUUAUUCUUCUGGCAAACAGUAUGACAUGCACAGGAAAUAUGAUUGGCUUCAAUUCAGGUGGAUAUAAAGCAUUAUCUCGUGCAUUGAAUAUCCAAGUACCAUUUACAGAAGCAACUCUGUUUACACCAAGAAGGUGCUUUGAGAGAGCUGCUGAGAAAUGUCAUAAGGAUUCUUUAUCAAGCAUAGUGGCCUCCUGUUCAUGGGGUAAGCAUGUUGCUGUUGGUACAGGAUCAAGGUUUGACAUCCUCUGGGACCAAAAAGAGUUAGGGUGCAAACAAGAUGAUGUUUUAGAUGUUUAUAACUUCUUACACAUGGUGAGAAGUGCCAAAUCCGAAGAAUUUACGUCUGCAUGCCUAGGUGAAGAGAUUGAGGAUCUAAUGGUAGAAGAUGAAUAUAGGGAGUUGACUCUGUCUCCAGAGCCUUUCUCUACUUCUGAGAAGCCAGUUUUUGAAGACAGUGCUGAAUUUGAAAACUGUUUGGAUAAUUAUCCUGGAGAAUCAAAGUGGGAAAAGGCUCCACCUUCUGGUGCUGGUUCCACUGGUAGUGGGCAGUGGGAAAAUAAUGAAAAUACGAAGGCUACUAACUCAUCAAAUGAUCAUGACUGGUCUGGUUGGGGGAGAAAAGUUGAGCCUGAUGUGGUCACUACAAAAGCCCAAGAGAAUACUUCAAAAUCUGGUUGGGAUAGUACGCCAAGCUGGGGAAAUAAAGCUACUAAUACUACAACAAAUGACAAUGACUGGUCAAAUUCUGCUACAAAAGAAGUUGAACCAGAUUCCUUCAAUUCCAUGGAGAACACUCCAAAGUCUGGCGGUUGGGAUACUGCAGCUACUUGGGGGACGAAAGCUAAAGAUGUUGAUAACUUUAAAGGAGAAACAGAGCCAGAAAAAGCAAAUGUAUGGUCUGGUUGGCAGAACGAUAAAGCUGAAACACAAGAUGCCUUCAUUAAAAAGAUUAACUCUAGAUCUUGUGGAUCGGAGGAUAAGGCUUGGUCAACAGGAACUUCCAAAACAUAUGAUAAUUGGUCUAACCAGGUGAAGGAUAAAGCUGAAUCAUGCCAGGUUCAAGUGCAAGAAGUUCCUUCCAAAACAAACGGUUGGGAUUCUGCAGGGGGUUGGCAAAAGAAUUCUGGAGAUGCUGAUCAAUCUGAAGCAUGCAGGAAUGAUGACCAGGCAUCAAUGGACCUAGAGACGGUGGCUGAUAGGUGGGGUAGCAGGGCCACUCAAAGGAAGGACUCGAAGGAUAACUUUCCAUCCAAAGCAGUGGAACAUGGUGAUUCACCUCUCAUCAAUCAUUCUUGGAAUCAACAUAAAUCAUCAGAGGUUUUCCGGGGAGAAUCUGGUAAUGAUUUCUGGGGGCAACGGAAAUCACAAGAUGUUAUAAAACCUUCACAAGGCUGGGGCUCCCAAGUUAAGUCAAACGAAGGCUCAAGUCAAAAUACACAAGUUGAACGACUUUGGAGCUCGCAGAAUGAGUCUGAUCAAGUUGCGAGUGAGCAUAAAUCUUCUGAUUCACGAGGUUGGGACUCUCAGGAGAAGUUGAAUAAGCCAUGGGACAAGCAGAAGUCUUUGGAAGCUUCACAAAGUUGGAGUUCCCAAAAUGACUCGAUGGGUUCAUGGGGGCAGCUCCAGAGGGAAUCUGAAGAAUUUAGUCAGGGAUCUCAGGAUGAUUCGAAUAAACAAUUUAGUCAAGUACAAAAAUCACCAGAAGUUUCACAUGGUUGGGGCUCUCAUAAAGAGUCAAGCGAAUUGACAACUUCACAUGGUUGGGGCUCUCAUAAAGAGUCAAGCGAAUUGGCAACUUCACAUGGUUGGGGCUCUCAUAAAGAGUCGAGCGAAUUGACAACUUCACAUGCAUGGGAGAAAAAAAAUCAAGGGUCAAAAGGUUGGGGAGCAAAUGUUGGGGAGUGGAAAAACAGGAAGAACCGCCCUCCAAAAUCACCUGGAAUUCUUAACGACGAUGCUGGUUUACGUGCAAUAUAUACUGCAUCAGGACAACGGUUGGAUAUGUUUACAACCGAAGAACAAGAUAUUCUUGCCGAUAUUGAACCUAUCAUGCAAUCCAUCAGAAAAAUUAUGCAUCAAUCUGGGUACAACGAUGGGGAUCCUCUGUCUGCCGAAGAUCAAUCCUUUAUACUUCAGAAUGUAUUUAACUUCCAUCCUGACAAAGCUGUAAAAAUGGGUGCUGGAAUUGACCACUUCAUGGUUAGUCGGCACAGCAGCUUUCAGGAGAGCAGGUGCUUCUAUGUUGUGUCAACCGACGGCCAUAAAGAGGACUUCUCGUAUCGUAAAUGCCUUGAUAACUUCGUCAAGGGCAAGUAUCCUGACAUCGCCGAACCAUUUGUAGCCAAGUACUUCAGGAAACCUCGUUCAGGUAAACCCCGAGAUCGAAACUCCGCAUCUGAGGAAAAUGAGAACAAAAACGUUGGCAAAGAGCUGACUCCAAUUCCAGAAGAAACUGAAAAUGGGAAUCAACAAUAGUGAGUAGCCAUUUGAAUAGAGCUCAGGAACCUCACUUCUCCCAUAGUAGCAGAGGUAAAGUGAUCCACAUUGUCUGCUAUUUUGACUUGUACAUAGGAGGCAGAUGAUUUUGUAUUUGUGGGGUCAAUAAGAAGCUUCAGUUCUUCUUUCCCCAUAUAUAUAAAAAAGCAGUUCUCAGUUCUCAGGGUUCAUUGGGUGGUUAUAACUUGUUCUGUUGCAUUGGUUGAUUAGGCUGUAUUUACUACAAAUCUUGCCAAUUCCAAAUCAAUUCUCUCUACUAAUUCUCUUAGGCUUCCCCAAUUCUCAACUUCCCCCUUGAGCCUUAAGAAUUUGAAUAGCUAUUGAAGUGAGGAAAGUGCUUCCUAUACAGUAGUGAUGUCUUGAUCCAACCCUUUGCCUUCUGAAAGACUUGCGUGUGUUGAACAUUCAAUGAUUCUGACUAUGCAAAACAGUUCACUAUUAUCAACCAUGACAUCUGUAUUCCAUAGAGUGGAAGUUCACAAGAUUUGAUGUACAUAGCCUCAACAAAUUUUCUGAUCAAUUGCAAUAGUAUGUCCUAUAUUUUUGUUUUGU